AUGUCGACCCCGGCCAGGAGGAGGCUCAUGCGGGACUUCAAGCGAUUGCAAGAAGACCCACCUGUGGGUGUCAGCGGCGCACCAUCUGAAAACAACAUCAUGCAGUGGAAUGCAGUUAUAUUUGGGCCAGAAGGCACACCCUUUGAGGAUGGUACCUUUAAACUAGUAAUAGAAUUCUCAGAAGAGUAUCCGAAUAAACCUCCCACUGUUAGGUUCUUAUCAAAGAUGUUUCAUCCAAAUGUCUAUGCCAAUGGUAGCAUAUGUUUAGAUAUCCUCCAGAAUCGUUGGAGUCCAACGUAUGAUGUGUCCUCUAUUUUAACAUCAAUUCAGUCUCUACUGGAUGAACCUAAUCCCAACAGUCCUGCCAAUAGCCAGGCAGCGCAGCUUUAUCAGGAAAACAAACGAGAAUAUGAGAAAAGAGUUUCAGCUAUUGUUGAACAAAGCUGGAAUGAUUCAUAAUAGACAACUGCUCUGUUCAUCCUCAUCAUCAUUGUUGUGUAUAAUUUACCUCUCAGUAGAAAGGCUACCAGAAAUUUUAAGUGCCACAGGUUUUAAGGAUUUGCAUACCUAAUGUGUCUGCAAAAAAGAAAAAAAAGCCCUUCAGUUUAGAACCUUUAAAAGCUUGUGUAUCUUGAUUAAUGUACUUUUUAUUGCAUGGUAUGAACUAAGUUAUUGCUACAUAAAUUUGUAAUAUAU